UAUUGUGCAGAAGUAAAAGGGUUAAAGGUCGACUGGUCUGGUUGGUACGUCGCCAAACAAACUUGGAUACACGACAACGAAGUAUAGGUACAAAACGUGUACUCGGCUUCGCGACCAGGAGAGAUGGCGUAUGUUGAAGGACUUACUCCUGGCGAGGCACAAGAGAUUAAGGAUGCCUUCCACCUGUUUGAUAAGAACGAUGACAAGGUGAUAAGCAAAGAUGAGCUGGGAUCAGUCCUCCGCGCUCUCGGUCAAAACCCCACACAGAAAAACAUCGACUUCUAUAUGGAGCAAGCAGAUACAGACGCCUCGGGGAGUCUCAGCUACGACGAGUUCGUCAGGUUGGUGGAGAAAGACAUCAUAUCGCAGCAAGAGGUGGAGGUGCAGCUCAAACAGGCGUUCCAGGUGUUUGACAAGGACAAAAAUGAACUGCUGGAUAAAACGGAGCUCUUCCAUGUCCUGACGAGCAUGGGAGAAGUCUUGUCAGUGGAGGAUGCAGAACAAAUACUGCGAUUAGUAGAUCGAAAUGGAGACGGCAAACUGAAUGUUACAGAAUUCACUAAUUUUCUCUGCGAGCGGAUCUAACGUCCCUCUAUAUUCGGAUGCAGCAGUUGGUGUAUAGAGGAACAUCAUUCUGGACUUCAGUACAGACUUUCCCAACAUGACGAUACCUGCAUGACUGUAGAAUACAGUGUGUGCUGGAAGAUAUAAUGUGUGUUAUAAUGGACGUCACAUCACGUACAUCACUGUGUCGGUAGAUCAUUGUAUAUUUCACGCGAAUAUACACAAGCGAAGACCAGCGUAGAUUGCUGUAUACCUUCCCAUGGACUAUACAGCUGUCCGCUGUAGACAUCAGUGGGAGCCGCUGUGGUGGACACUGUAGUGGACAUUGUGUUCGUGGCUUCAAACAACCAGUACUGUUAUUAUUCGAACAUUAAGAUUUGGUGGAACUUCAAA